GGGGAGGCGGUCGCUUCUUCCACCCCUUCCCUACCACCGCCUGGCUUCUCCUUUAAAACACACACAAAAUAUUCACUGUGGUGGUUUCUGCCCACCCCACCCUCGUCCUGUGUAGAGUCUGCUUUAUAGGCUCCCCACCGCCCCCUACUUGAGGUUGGUGUUUCCCUCAUGGCCUUUGGUCUCCUCAGCCGCGUCCCUUAUCCACGGUUCACGUGCGUGAAAGGCGGGACUUUUCCCGGCACUUGCGCCUUCGGGCGGUUUCUCUUUUGAAGGGCAAACUAUUUCCCCUUCCUCCCGUCAAGGAAAGGGGGGACCGGCUGAGGUGGGGGGAGUGUUGCGUGUUGUGUUUGUGGUGUGGGUUGUUUCUCCCCAUGUUCUUUCCCGUCGCUCUCGAGUUUUUAAUAAGGUGGUCAGGGAAUGCAGUGCCAGCCCUCUCCCCACCCCCCUCUUUUAAAUAGUUAUAAAAAUGUAGGUUGGCUGUUGGCGGUCAGUAGGAGCGCCCCCCCCCCAUGCGUGGCGUGAAAUCCUGGUUAUCUUCCCUGUGUUUGAAGCGGUUGAAGGACAGGCCCCUCCUCCCGGGGACUGAGCAGGGUCAGCGUUGUUGACAAUGGUGUGCCCUGUCAGCUGCCAGAUCUCUUCUGCUCCCAGAGAGAGCUGCUGCUGAUUGCUGCUGCUGCUGCUGCUGGAGGAGGAGGGGUGUGUGAACGUGCUCGUGCUUGCGUGCACUUGUGCUGCUUUUUCUUCUCGCUAGCAUCUCCCUGCUUUACAGCUGCAUUUCCUCAACAGUUGAUCUUAAACAGAGAAAAUUACAUAGCUCAUAAUCCUGUGGGGCAUUGGAAGCCAACCAAAUGGCAUCUUCUACUACUGUGCCUGUAGGUUUUCACUAUGAAACAAAGUAUGUUGUCCUCAGCUAUUUGGGUCUCUUGUCACAAGAAAAGCCUCAGGAGCAGCUCUCUCUGCCAACUCAAGUGACUGAUCCAUCUGCGGUCUCACAAGCUUUAGAUAAGGAAGUCCUGGAGAAAGUUAAAGCAGAAAUUGAGGAAGAAUUGAAACGUCUUGAUGAAGAAAUUUUGGAAGCUUUUACCAGCACAGGCUUUGAUUGCCACACAUCUCCAGUAUUCAGUCCUGCCAACCCAGAGACUUCAAUAGAAGAUUGCUUAGCUCAUCUGGGAGAGAAAGUAUUCCAAGAAUUGAAAGAACCUCUUCAAAAGGCAUUAGAGACCCUACUUAGCAAACCAGUAACUUACAAGGAAUACAAGGAGAGGACACAGGAAGCAUCAGCUCAUGCCAGUGGAUGGAGCAAGGUUUUAGUGCCUCUGGUGAUCCUUCAGCGAUUCCUGAUGGAACUGACAAGACAGGGCAAAGAACCACUUGGGGCACUGCUGAAUUUUGGAGUGACCUACCUGGAAGACUAUGUUGCAGACUAUAUCAUCCAGCAAGGUGGAUGGGGUACUGUUUUUAGUUUGGAUUCUGAAGAAGAGGAGUACCACGGAAUAAUUGCCGAAGAUAGCAAUGACAUCUACAUCCUAACUAGUGACAACUCAGGCCAGGUGAGCCCUCCUGAGUCACCUACAGUGACAACAUCUUGGCAGUCGGAGAGCUUGCCAGUUUCUUUGUCAGCUAGUCAGAGUUGGCAUACUGAGAGCUUACCUGUCUCGUUGGGGCCUGAGUCUUGGCAGCAAGUGGCUAUGGAUCCUGAAGAAGUGAAGAGUUUGGACAGCAAUGGAGGUGGGGAAGAAAGGAGUGAAAAUAACUCUUCAAACUCUGAUAUUGUUCAUGUUGAAAAGGAGGAGAUACCAGAGGGGGUUGAGGAAACAGUGGUGUCAGAAGUGGUCCUGCAGGCUGACCCUGCAAAGUCUGCUUCCCCAGAACCUCCAACUGCAUUGCUGGAGCCAGAAGCUGAAAUUGUGUCUCUUAAAAAGCCAGGCCCCUCUGCACCUUCACAUAAGGAACACCAGAAAGAGGGGAAAGAGGUGCUGCUGCCAGAACCUGAAGCUCCAGCCUUGAGUAAACCUGUCCAGCAAUUAACUCAGUCAGAAGAAAAAGCUACCCCCAAACCUGAAAGAAUACUGCCUCCAGAAGAAGAAAUAAAGGCCAGAAAGGGAAGCUAUUCUGAAGAAAAGGAAGAGAAGACUCCUGCUGGGGAGGAGAAACCCAUCCUCUUACCAGAAGGCAAAUCAAUUCUACUAUAUGGUGGGGCAGCUGCAGUGGCCAUCCUAGCUGUGGCAGUAGGUGUAGCACUAGCAUUGAGGAAGAAGUAGUGAAUGCCUCUCCUCAAGGAAGUAGCGCCUGAAUCUACACUUAGUUGCAUUGGCUGAGGGUUGUGGUGCCUGCUGUUAAUGGGAAAUUCAUGUAGCAAAAAGGGUGAUGGGGCAAGGGUACACUAUAAAGCUAAGCCUGGGGACAAUCAUGUUUUUAGUGGACUGGUAUCGGAUCUUCCUGUUUAACAUAUAGGGGUGUCAUUUUGAAAACCCCUGCACAUUUAAUAUGUAUGUAUAACUGAGAAAUGGGGAUGCUUAUACACUGGAAACCGGCACAGAACAUUCCAGGGGAAAAGGAAAGUUUGUUGUUAUCCCUGGAGAUUUCCCUUCCAUAAGCUGCUCUUGCAGCUUCUUGGUUCCCCUUUAACCUCUUGAAUGAGAGGCUCAGUGUAGCAUGAGGUUGGUAGCUCUUUUGUCUCGGCUUCCUCAGGUAUUGCACAGCUCCUCUUGACCUCCCAGAUCUCUUUUAAACCCCAGUGGGUUAGUGCUUCUUCAAUACAGUGGUACCUCGGGUUAAGAACUUCUUUCUUUCUGGAGGUCCAUUCUUAACCUGAAACUGUUCUUAACCUGAGGUACCACUUUAGCUGAUGGGGCCUCCCGCUGCGCCGCUGCUGCGCGAUUUCUGUUCUCAUCCUGAAGCAAAGUUCUUAACCUGAGGUACUAUUUCUGGGUUAUCGGAGUCUGUAACCUGAAGCGUCUGUAACCCGAGGUACCACUGUACCUCUUUGCUUUAUACCUUUUCUACCCCCUCAUAUAUAUUUAAUGAAAUUCUUAAAGCUCUUUAAUGUUGGGUGGGUAAAGCAAUAGUCUCCCAUGCAGGGAUGAAAUUAUAAGAGUUUGGUGGGAAGACGUAUUCUUUGAUCCCUCAUGUGUAUCUGAUCUCUGCUACUUUUGUGUUUUCCCUCUCCCUUUGCCCUUUUAAUGCAUCCUGUUUUUUAUAUCUGUUUAGUUAUCAAAGAGACCCUUUUAUCAUUCUGAUGAAUAAAAAGGAGAAAUGUUCAGCAGUUGUAAGCUGAACUGGCAUCACUUGCAAAGUCAAAAUAUAAGCACCUGCUUUGGACAUCUUUUCCCUGUUGUGUUUGCACAAAUUCAAGAGUGAAAGAUGCUUAGCCUUAAAUUGACCUUGACCACUGAUAAAAAGCCAAGCACAAGGUCUUCAAAGAAAUGAAGUCAUGUAGUUCAACCGAAGCAGCAUUGUGCUGUCCCUCCCAGUUGUUUGCCUGGUUUUGGCUGUAGAGUGAAUGGUGACCUGAAAGCCAGUAAGUCACGUAAACCUGCCAGAUAAUAGCUACCUGUGGAAAGUUUAUUUUUAAUCCAGCCAGGUAUGAUUUCUACCCAAGAGGAAUGAAAUAAGAUAUGUCUUAUCAGUGUUUGGUGCUGUGUGUGUGAUGGAAACAAAAUUUAAAUAUUACUCUGUUGGUGUUUGCUGGCUCUAUGGAGUGGAAGCUCUCAUGUCCUUCAAGCGAUUGCUGCAGCUUGUUUGGGCUGCUGAGAUGUGUAUAAAUCAAAA